GUGAUACCGAUGGUGAGUAUCGAGUCUGAGGAGGAGGGGUCCAUUUGUCUGUCAUCGUCACGUGUAUCACGUGUGUUACGGCGGAGCGACUGUGAGACCAUCCAGCGGCCAGACUCGGACUAGCCUGAGGCUUGACAUUAUUCAGACCGCACUUGUUCAGAGCCAACGCAGCGGCCGCCUGGUCGUCCAUUCCACAACGGCCAAGUCUGCAUACCUUCCGCUCAGGCCUUCUGUGGAACGCAAUUAAUGGCUCGGCCGGCUACUAUGACGUCUCUGCCUAUCUGGCUGCUCGCACUGGUUUUGCCUGUACUUGCUCAUGAACACCACGACGAACUCACGGAGGAGCAGUCGAAUGCACCAAUUGAUACAAUCCUCUGGCUCCAUAUAUGUGUGCAGACACUCGUCUGGGGUGUUCUGUUCCCGACGGGUAUGGUACUCGGGCUCUCGCGCAGUCGUUGGCAUGUUCCUCUGCAAAGCGUGGGCUUCCUCCUGACCAUAGGGGGCUACAUCUUAGGCCAUGCGCAUGGCGGGCGUGCCUUCCUAGCCGGCGUACAUGGAACCAUGGCCAACAUCAUGCUCAUCCCCAUCGCGCUUCAGCUCGCUCUCGGAAUCUACCUCAAGCUUCAUAUCCAUGAGCGAACUCUGCGCCCAUACGCAGUUGUUGCACACGGUAUUGUGGGUAAGGCCUACCCCGUAAUCGGCUGGACGCAGAUGCUCUUUGGCGCGAUCACCGUCCGAGGAUACUGUCGUGGCGGGCACCUUGGGCAGUGCCUCGCACACUACAUCAUGGGAAGCGGCUUCAUCGCGUACGGAAUCAUCCUCGCCAUUCUACUGCUCGUCGGAGAGACGUGGAUCAGACGGAGCGGGCGCAGUCCCGAGUGGUGGGAUUCUUGGGUUAUCACGCUCUGGGGUAUCGUCAACACAUUCACGGAACACCAUGGCUCGGGGUGGUCGGUGAAGGAUAUGCAGCAUACCAUUCUAGGUGUACUCUGGUGGACAGGAGGCGCUCUGGGCAUCUUCCUAUCGCGGAACAACCAACGUUCUGUCGUGCCUUCCUUGAUCAUCAUACUGACUGGUUGGGCGAUGUCGCAACACGCACAGGCACUGAUGCUCUCCACGAAGGUGCACUCGGUCUUUGGAUACACCUUGAUGCUGGCUGGUCUCGCCCGGAUCAUCGAAGUUUGCUUUGUUGUGCCAAAGUAUGCGCCGCUGGAGGAAGGCGACAGUCAUAGCGAGCAUACACUCGCGGAAGGUGGCAGGGACGAGGGGCCCACUGCAGCGUCUGCUGGACGUGCGUUCAGGCAUUUGCCCUCAUUCCUGCUCGUCUGUGCAGGUCUACUUUUCAUGUCUGCCACGGACGAGGAACUCGACUUCGUGCACGACGAGGGCAUGGACCACGUCACUUACGUGCUCAUCAUGUUGAGCAUUGCGUUCAUCCUCUACACGCUCAUCGUCGUCCUGAUCAACCUCUACUCAACGAGCGGGCGCAACGCGGCCUCGUCAGUUAAGGAGAACGCCAUCGAGCUGACUACGCCGACCUCGAAGUGGUAUGCGCCUGUGCCGGGUGCGGACGAGGUGGAGACUGAACCAAUACACGUCAUCGGAGACGAGGACUAGGUCUGGCGUCGGUGGACGAAGCUGAGGUUUGUAACUUAUUCUGACAUACUGAUGGCGAUGGAUUCCAACGGAGUUGUUGUUGUUUACUAGUGUCUAAUACGUAGAUAGCCUGCGGGAUCGGUUUCCCGUACAUUCUGCCUGGCUCGCUUGACUGCGGUGUGAGUUCGAAGUACCUACACAAUGGGGUGGCGGUACUUAUUUGAGACAUGGU